AUGAAGUUCACUAUUUUUACGUUUACUUUAUUACUAUUUCAGUUCCCUUUUGAAGAGGGAUUGAACGACGAGAAACGCCUUCUUCUUAGUGAUCCACAACUGAUGCAGUCUGAAAUCCACGCCUUGCAGCAAGAAGUGGAAUAUUUCAGAGUCUUGGCAAAGGAGUUUCAGGCCCAAAAGCAAGAAAACCAAGCUCUCAAAACAGAAGUGGCGGAUCUUAAACAAAAGUUUCAACUGCUGGAAUCCAGUUCUAAGAAGUCCGGUUCCAUAUAUACUAGAUGGGGGAAACACAGUUGUCCGAAAUUGAAUGGAACGGAAUUAGUUUAUGACGGUACAGCAGGAGGCAGCUACUAUUCAGAGACUGGUAAUGGUGCCAAUACUUUGUGUCUCCCACAUGACCCUGAAUUGUUACCAGAUCAUUUACCACUUACACCGUCUGGAUUCAGCCAUAUCUACGGUGGUGAAUAUCAAUUUAGUUUAGGAAAGGUUGUCAUACAAGAUGAUGUGCCCUGCUCUGUCUGUCAUGUCAAAAUGGCGACUUCUUCGAUGAUGAUUCCAGCCAAACGAUCGUGUCCGACUGGAUGGUCUAAGCAGUAUUCUGGUAUUCUAACAGCCAAUUCUUAUGGUUACGACAAAAGCGAGUACCUUUGUGUAGAUGAAGACCCUGACUUCGUUGAGAGAUCUCGACAAAAUGAGGAAGGGAAACUCUUUUAUACAGUGAAAACUGUGUGCGGUUCUCUACCAUGUCCACCGUACAAGAAUGCAACAGUGGUGUCAUGCGUUGUUUGUACAAUGUAAUUAUAAUCAAUUUCAGCAAUAAAUUCACGU